AUGCUAAAUAAAAUUAAAGUAAUAGGCGAAUUUUUGCCACCAGAAAUAAAAGAAAGAGAUAACAAAGAUGGAGAAAGGAAAGAAAAGAUUAUUUAUUUUAAUUUAAAAGUUCCCAGACCCAACAAUAAUUCAGAAACCAUUCUGCGCUGUCUUGCCACCAAACAAGAAGUAGUAGAAAAAAUUGAACAAGGAAUUGCGGAGAAAGAUAUAAUUGAAGUGCAAGGUUACUUACGUAACGAAAUUAAAGGUCGACAAAUAAUAAUUAAUGUCAGAGAAAUCAAUAAACUAAAUAUAAGUUUUGAGCAGAUUGAUCGAAAAAAUUCUAAUUAUCUACGACUAAUUGGCAAAAUAAUCACUAACAUUGAUAGUCAGAAUGAUAAUCAAGGAAAGAUAAAUUUCAGAAUCUCUGUUCCCCGAGAAGUAGGUUCUCAGAAAUUCUCCGACAAGAGUAGUAUCCCUCCGCUUUACUUUUGUGUGGUAGAUGAAGAAAAAGUAGCAGGAAUAUUAGCAAAAGUUAAAGAGCAGUUAAAAGAACACGAUAUCAUUCUCUUAGAAGGUUCUUUGCAAACUAAAAUUGUAGUUAAUAAGAUUUGGAAAGAUGGGGAGGAGAAAACUGAAAUAUCCCGACCUUCCCACAUUAUUGUCCAAGCCUUUACUUUAAUUGACAGUGAUUUAACUUCUAAUUUUUAUUCGUUGGCUGGAUUUCCACGCGUAAUUGGAGAGACUAAAUUAAAAGUGAUUGAUUUUACUAAACCCAGAGAGGACAAAAAAGUUGAUAAUCAAGAAAAAUAUUAA